AUGUGCUUUUACAACAAAAUUACCUUUCUCUGCAAACACAUCGAGUACCGAGUUGCGGUGCACUGCCAUUUUGCACGAAAUGACCCCGGUCACCAAUGCUUUGGCGCGUGGAAUGUCAAACGCGAAUGGAGUGAGCCUCAAGAACUUUGCAAAGACUGCACAAGGGAGCAAAUUUAUCUCCCAAUGAUGUGA